CGGACCACGUGCGGAGCAAAUGCGGAAGUCCGAUGGCCCCCACAGAGCAAUAACAUAAAGGAGCUUGGAGCGCGUCAACCAACAGAUUCCUGAACAUAGCCUUGGGCUUAAGCUGCAAAAGGAAUCCGACCUAUUUGGGUUCUACAUAAACCAUCAUGUCUUCCGCCGGUUCAUCGUUAUUCUUGUCCUUGCCCCGUGAACUGCGAGAUGAGAUUCUAUCCCAUCUCACACUACCACAAUACGUCUAUACUUCGAGUACAACUGAAGACACCUACAAUUUGUACCGAUCGAAUCAUGCUACGGGGGAGACCUAUAUGGACACACGUAUCAGGCUGCCUCAACGUCCGCCUGCAAAUGUUCUUGCAACCUGUCGCCAGCUAAGACAAGAGUGCCUUGAAUACCAUGCCCGCUGUCUGCACGCCGCCGAGCCAAGUAUAUCGCCAAACCCUACAGAUCGACCCAUGAGCAACAUACUGGCAGAAAGGCUUGGCUCUGAGUUCGCUGAAGAGGCGGAACGAGCUUGCGACGAUAGUACGCUGCGAAUCACCUUGGAGAUACAAAGGCGUCUGCGUGGUCCCCACGGGUAUUACGUUCCGAUACGCGAUCACAAGCAUUUAUCACCUCGUUUUCUUGGACUCUUGCCACUUAUGGACAAGACGAGAAAAUUGAGGCUCAUUCUCUGGCCUGGGUAUGAGUGGUGGAACGGCGGUCCUCAGCUUCUUGUCGACAAAUAUGGAAAUCCUCGCGUCAAUGCAGAUGAGGUAGCCAAGCCAGAUGCCGCCACACUAGCCAUCAAAAGUGUGCUUGAUUACUUCCCUCAUGUUGAAGAACUCAGUGUAGAUGUGCUCAUGCAAGCAUCAGAAGGGGAAAGAUGGGACCUGCCGGAACGAAAAUGGGAAAACAUGCAGCCAUGGCUCGAUGCACCUAUUGCACCUGACGUGAGCCCAAAAUUGACGAAGAUCACUCGUCAUCUCACAGCGUUCUGGCAAGUUUCGAGACCAGAGCCAUUCUAUGUUCAACAUGAGGUGCGGCAAUCAGAAAAUGAAUGGAAGAUUGACAGGAAGGGCGACAUGGGCACACCCACACUGAGAUCACUCUGUGACACCAACCGCCCAGACGACAUGGACUAUUUAGACUCCCUUAUGGUGGAGGAAGCUUUUAUCCGCACAGACUGAAAAAAGCUUGUUAAAUACUAUCAAAAGGACUCUUCUUGCAUCUGCGCCGGAGAAUUAUGGCUUUACUUCCAUGGCGCUAUUGGCAUUUAAAUUGGCUAUCAAUUAAGCACCGGCGAUUUGUUUCACAUGUGGGGCACAACUAGCGCAAACACUAUGUACAGAACGGGUAGCGGUACCGCGUUUCGAAUGUAAGCACGGCGUUACCAGCUACGGGGUACAUGGGGAAUGCAGAUCAUGUUAGGAGAAGAGCAUGC